UCUUUGUACCACGGGGUCACAUUGUAGAGCCACGUUGUAAUCAACCCGGUCACCGCGGUUUUCCAGAGACUUCGUGCUGCUUUGACAUGUGUCGGUAUCGCAUAACGUUACACCGGCAAACUGCUCGCACAAGUUUGCCACUCUUGUUCUACCGCGGAGCCUUUUCUGUCCCCCGAAGUUUUUUCUUUGCAUCAAGACACAACAGUUGACACAAAAAAUAAUUGAACAAAUCACAAAGCUCACAACACAAAGCAAACAUACUUCGCUAGACACAGCCUCAAGAUACCACAACGAAAACACCAUGACAUCAGAUAGCAAGCAAGUUAGAUUUGGAGACCUCACUAUUACCGAAUACCCCAUCAUAUUAGGAGAUAACCCAUCAUGUUCCGGAGCUCCAAUCACAAUAGACUGGAGUAAGUUUCCUUUCGCAUCCACAAAUUUAGGAUAGAUGUGUGCGUGUAUGUAUUCAAUACGUUUUGUUAAUUUAGGCUUCUGGAAAAUUACUAACCAUUGAUUCCUCAUGUCUUCGUCGUUGCCUCUUGAUUGAUCGAACAGAACCGAUGGGAUCGUACACACGCAACCUCGAAUUGUACGAGUACACGAGGAUGCAGCGCCGUCAUGGCAGAAAGAAACUCGUCAUCCCCGUUCAAAAGAGGUCUCAGAUGUUGCUCGAUGCGGGAUACACGGAAGAGCAAAUCAUCAAGAGAGCCUUGGAGGUGGCUCAAAUCAAAACACAGAGAGCGGAGACGCUGAACGAACCCAAGCAGAACGGUUUCGACAAGUUUUCGAGCAGUCUCGUGAAGAGUUUUAGUAAGCUCAAGAUUGACAAGAGCGGAAACAAGCCGCCAAAGACAACGGUUGCGGCCCGAUCUGCAUAAAGAAACGAAUCAGGGAUAUUGGAAAUCCACAGCGGAGAGAACCAACUGAAGUCCACAUAUUAAUAGAGAUGAAGUACAUGGAAUAGAUUUACCAUGUCCAUUGCGCAUAUUUCACACAACAACCCAUCAUAGACCGAGGAAGAAAUACAGUAACAUAAACUUAAAGAGUAUAG